UUGAGAAUAACAAAAGUGGAAAUGAACCUAUGUUAAGUGGCGGUUUAAGAUAUAUUACGCAGAAAUAAUGGCGCAAAAUUAUAAAGAAAUUCGUUAAUAAUGUGUGCGGGAGGACACGCACAUCUUUACAAGUCUAACCAGAUAAAAAAUAUUCAAACAAUGAAGUGAAGUGAUGAAACUAAUAAUAAUAGAUUUUCUUUAACACAUAUGUAUAUGUAGUUAAUCCAACAAGAACACAUAUAGAAAAUUGGCAACGCUUACGUGGGGUAAUAUUCAUUUUGAAAAAUUUAAUUAAAGGUUUUAACCACAGCCGAGGAUAGUUAUUUGUGGUGCGCGCUCACCCCUAAAAACGAAUAAAGCAAUAAAGCCGAAGCCGCCAAAUUUCGGCUUAUUGACCAAGUUCAAGGACGUUAUCAACAAAGAAACAAAACACAUCGAAAAUCUAGUAAGAGACAUUUGAUUGUUUUAAAAAUCGUGAAAUCAAACAAUUGUAAAAAAAAUCGAAAACUAAGAGACGCAAGAGUUUCUGCACAGUUAACCACGCCAACACCAUCGUCCAUUACUGCCAUAACAUAAGCAUCAGAUAAAUAGGACGGCAAACAGAAAGAUCUCAGGAAACUUUACAAAAUAUGUGGAAUUUCAAAAAUCAUUCUUAAACGGUAAAGCAAAUCACAACAAAGAAGAGACCACAAGUAAUUAUUGAAAAGCAGGCUAGCGGCCACACAUUUCCUAUUUGAGGUCAUACUCAGCGCUGGUGCCAUUAAGCAUCGUGUAUUUAUUAUAUAAGGAGAAGAGAGCGGAAUACGAAGUAACCGUUAGGAAGUAAGGAGACGAUUAAUUUAAUAAUAAUAACAAAACAGCGAUAAUAAUUAUUGCAAAAUACGUCCAAGAAAAGAAAGAAAAGUGAACAUAUGGUUGUUCUGAUUGGAUGAAAUAGAUUUUUCUUUUUAAACCAUACAAGGGGACGUCAUUGAACUGUUUUCGUAUUUGCUAUUAUUGUACAUUGUAUUGUAAGAAAAAGGAGGUGGUGGUGGGCGGUGGCGGUGAGGCAGAUUGUCAAACAAUCAACAAAUCAUAUUCACAACGAAGCGACGAAGACGCAGCGAACACCUACGCGUCCUCAUUUACAUGAACACGCAAUUAAUGCCUGUAUAAAGCAGACUGGUUGUGUUAAUUAAAACAACAACAACAACAUCAACACACAUUUACGUAUUGUUUUUCUUUUCCUUCGGAAAUAUAACAAACAAAAUAACCAUGAUUUCGAAUAAAAAAUCAUACACCAUGAGAAUGCUGCAAUUGGCAUUGGCCUUAAGUUUGUUGCAAGUGGAUCCCGACAAUUAUUUGCAACAACGUUUACGCAAUUGGGACUCGCAGCUCGAACUCCGAGAUGGGGACGGUUGGGAAUUGGAAAUGUUAAGGGCUGUACCAAUGGUCGAAUAUCCAUAUGCUAAUCGAAAAACGAUGAUGCCUCUCAUUGAAGACUUAAUACGUUUCGAUCGUCAAGAUGUUGUCUUAACGAAUACUAAUUAUAAUGUGACCGCUUAUCUUGUAAAUAUAUCAAAUGAUACUUCGAAUACAACGGCUGCCAUGCAGGAAUUCCAAAGUAUAUCCCCAUCCGCUGCAGCAUCAACGACAACGCCAGCAGCAGCGCCGGCUUCUGCUACGGGGACAAUGGGACUCGAAGAAGAUUCGUCCAGAUCUACUGGUCCUGUUGUCACGGUGGCUACUUCUAGCAAUUUCACUCAUAUCAAUUUAAAUUUUCCUUCACCUGAUUUGGAACAGUUCCUCAAUUCGGAACAAUUUCAAGAGCAACAUUCUAUAUGGGAACAAAAUCUCGCGGACUUAAGUGAUUUCAAUGAUUUACCCAUCGUUAAUAGUUAUGCGAAUUUACCGUUAAAAGAUGGCCAACAGCAGUCUCAAGAUAAUAAUUUUAUGGAUUUACAUUUGGAAGAUUUUUUGCCUUCAUUCGCCAGCGCUACGAGUAAUAACGAGGCAACGGAGGGAGCAGUAGCCCUAAAUGAUAGUUUUCCGAAUCCCGAUGAAGGUGUUGGCAUUAAAAUCGAAGAAUUAGACGAUGAAGAUAAUCAAAUCUUGCAAAUGGGAAUAAUGGACAACAAAAAUUCCUGUUGGAAAUCUUCUGCUUCAGAAAACAUCAACAAUAACAACAACAAUAACAACAACAAUCUAUUAGAGAGCUGCGUAAAAAAGGAACCAGAAAUUAAAGAGGAAGAAAUCGAGAAAAUCGUUAUAAAUGUUAAGGAGGAAGAACGAAACUCAAGUCUGUUUGUGAUGGAACCGGACCUCAAUCCAGAGGAAAGCGAAAUUGUUGAAGUCUUAUGGAAACAGGAUGUCGAUUUGGGUUACAGUCUCACCUCGGAGCAGUCGUCAGUCAAUGUGCCUUCUUCAACGUCAGCAAAAGCGGCCAACAGCGAUGAUAUUGAAAAACUGAAAGCUUUGGAAGAGCUAAAGUUAGAUGGCACUAAAUAUGAUACGAAAAACCCCAUCAAUGAAAACGAUCAACUGGAUGAUGAUUGGGCUGGCAUACCAUUCACCAUUGACAACGAGACCGGUGAAUAUAUACGAUUGCCUUUGGACGAGAUACUUAACGACGUUAUACAAUUUGCCGAAUUGGCCGGAGAAACCGGUGAGAUUAACGAAAGUAGCAACGGUGCCAGCACUUCAGCUGCAGCCGCUGCCAUCGUUAAUAAUCAAAAUUCUAUAAAAUUGAAAUCUGAAAGAGAUGUUGAGCAGCAUAGUGAUGAGUUAACCGGCAACAAUAAUAAUUCCGCGUUUAAAUCGACAACAACAACAACAACAACACUGAAAACGAUUAAAAGUGAAGUUGAUGUGAAAAAGGAAAAAAGUAUUGAAGUCAGCCAAAAAGAUAAGAAAAACAACAAUAAUAAAACAGAAAGUGAAGCAAGCACUAAGAACAAAGGCAAAGUUGAACAGGACGGCGACGACGACGACGACGACGACGACGAUCUAACACAGUCUGAAGUCGAUUCAUUGCCAUCGCCAUUGUUUGAUUUAGAUGACGAAGCAAAAGAGGAACUAGCCGAUCUGGAUAUGAUGUUACAUUCGUCUGCACCGUUUGCACCGCAUCACCAUCCGCAUCCGCACGCUCAUCACCCACAUCACCACCACCAUCAUCAUCAUCACCAUCGUGCAACUGGCACGACGGGAUCACAAAAUUAUGGCGGCGUAAAUAGUGCAUUCCAUCGGCAACCGUCAUCGACGGGCGGUUUCCAUCAUGGUCACCAUCAAAGUCGUAUGCCUCUUAGUCGUGGUGUUUCUGUGGAGCAACGUUUGCAGGAUAUUGCCAGCCUUUUCAAUCCUAUGGGGGUUGUUGGUGGCGUUUCCGAGAUGUCACCGUAUUCGCAUUAUCCUACGCAUCAUUAUUCGUAUCAGAGUGCUACGCAGCACGCUCAAUAUCCACCACCGCCCCCGCCACCACCACCGCAUCCCCAUCAUCAUCAUCAUGCAACUGUAUUACAUCCGAAUGCUUCGUUGGGUGAAUUGUGUUCGGCUCAACCGCACUACGGCCACAAUUUGGGUUCGGCCGUUUCGUCCAGCAUGCAUUUGACUAACUCAACACACGAUGCCGAUAUUAGCGGUGUAGGCGCUGUUGGUGGUGUUAGUAAUGUUGGUGCUUACAAAAUGGAACACGAUAUGUUGUAUUAUUCGAAUGCCACAUCAGAUAUGAAUCACACAACAGAUGGUUUCAUUAAUUCCAUUUUAAACGAUGAAGAUUUACAUCUUAUGGACAUGAAUGUGAAUGUUAAUGACAAUUUUUGUCGUAUGGUGGAUGUGAAUAAUAGCACAAGCAAUAAUUCUUCAGUUUUGGGACUUUCGGGAGGUCAUGCCAGUGCUACUGGUGCUGGGCCGGUUUCCUCUAGCGGUUUAUCGAUGAGUGGUAAUAACGUUAAUGCUGCUCCGGGUGGAGCGGCUACAAUGACAUCUGAAUUGAUGGUUACCGGUAGUGGACAAACAAGUGGCGAUCGCCUGGAUGCGUCUAGCGACAGCGCAGUAAGCUCAAUGGGCUCGGAGCGCGUAUCCUCAUUAUCCGAUGGAGAGUGGGGUGAAGGCAGUGAUUCGGCUCAAGAUUAUCAUCCAGGAAAGUAUGGCGGGCCAUAUGAUUACAGUUAUAAUAGUUCAACAACGAACAGUCGUCUGCAUGAUGGCACCCGCCAACCACCCGUUGCUCAAAAGAAGCAUCAUAUGUUUGGAAAACGUUUUUUGAAUGAACAGCCUCCUGGCUCAAAUGUAGCAGCAGUUGCCACUGCUUCUUCGGCCGCUAACGCGAAUGCUGGUGUACUUCAUGGCCCUGCUCAGUCCAUUAAAUAUGAGUAUGAACCGUAUCCACCUGCAGUAGCUGGUCUACAUCAAAAUAUGGGCAACGGGAUUGAAAGCGGGGCAAUAGCUCCAAUAUUAACGAACAAGGAGCAUCAUUCGUAUGGCGGUGGUGCUUAUUCACUUGAUUUUUCUUUACGGCCACCCCGUACUCCGCAGGAACUUAUACAACAUAAUCAUACUUAUACUUUGCCGCAAGGCUCCGGCUCUAUACCCCGUCCUCAAGUGCGCGAUAAGAAAUCUAUUUCGUCAUCGACAUCGAUUAAAUCAAUAAAAUCGACGAAUAGCAGUGGCAGCGGUGGCGAAGACGAUGUCUACAUGACGCGCGACGAGAAGCGAGCACGAGCGAUGAACAUUCCCAUACCAGUACCGGAUAUUAUCAACCUGCCAAUGGACGAAUUCAAUGAACGUCUCUCCAAAUAUGAUUUAAGUGAAAAUCAAUUAUCACUGAUACGUGACAUAAGAAGACGCGGUAAAAAUAAAGUCGCCGCUCAAAACUGUCGCAAACGGAAAUUGGAUCAAAUCUUGUCGUUGGAAGACGAAGUGAAACAAGUACGUCGUCGAAAAGACGAGCUCCAACAACAGCGAGACCGCUUCUUAACGGAACACAAAAGAGUUUCCAACAAAUUCAGUGCACUGCAUCGGCAUAUUUUCCAAUACUUGCGUGAUGCAGAUGGUAAUCCUUGUUCAACGUCAGAGUACAGUUUACAGCAAGCAUCGGAUGGAUCGAUCUAUUUGCUACCACGGGAUACUAGCAGCAAUAAUAAAAAUGAAGCUUUGACUAACAUGAACGUUAAUAGUGGCAUAUUGUCUUCAACGGUGAGUGCAAAUAACAACAACAACAACAGUAUCUUAGCGCCACACCAAAUACAAACUUCAAUGUCGGCUACAAAUACGCAUCAUCAGCAACAGCAUACAACGCAGGUAACGAUGGCCCAUAACCACUUACAGCAGCAGCAGCAGCAGCAGCAGCAUCAUAUCCAUCCUCAUCAUCAAACGCAACAAAAUCAAGUGACAGCUACGGGGACAGUAGCACAAACUCAACAAUCGACGCAAACUACCGGCAACGGUAUUAGCGGAGCUGGUGGGGGUGGUCAUUAUCACCAACCGCAAAAAGAUUGAAAUUUAUGGUGGCAGCAUUGUGCAAUGCAUUUUUUUCGGCUGCAUUCUUCGCACUCUGCGCUCGAACCUGUGACCGACAUAUGGACGCAGCAAAGACCACAACAUUAUUCUGAACAUUAUCAUUAUCCAAUAGAAAAUUAUCAUCAAAAUUAUCACCAUCAUCAUCGUCAUCAUUACAUACAAUGUCGUCGCCAACAUUAUGAACAUCAGUGUUACGGUUAGAGAGUUUUUUCUCAAGCUCUAUCGCCAGACUGUCGUAAUAACAAGCCUUUAAAGUGCAAAAAUUGAAUUUUUAAAUUGAUAAACGACAACGAUAUAUAUUUUUUUUGUUGCCUGCAGAGAAAUGCGGCGUAUUCUGUGUUUACUGUCCAAUAUUAUUUCGCAUUUUUUAUUUUCGUUUAAUGCAAAUCAAGUGUAUAAAAAAAAACUCCUCCUCCCUUUCUCCCUAGUUUAUAUCUUUUGUUGAUGUGCUUUCAGCUAUAGCUCGACACAAUUAAUUUAGGGCGAGGAGGGGUGGAGAUGUGAGCUUGAAAAUCUGCUCUCUACCAUUUUAAUUUUAAUAUAUAUAUGAAAAGGGCAUUAAAAUCAUUAUAUAAUUCAGGUUAAUUAAAGUAAGACUUAUUGUUCUCGUAACAGCAGCAACAACAACAACAACAAUCCUUACAAAAUAAUGUUUAAUGAAAAUUCGAAAAAAAAACAAACCCAUCACCCUUAAGGAAAAAAUAAGAAAUUGAAAGAUUAUUGCUUAGCAAGCAACAACCUUAUUUUACAUAAUCAACGGCAGAUAUUUACAGAAAAGUAAGAGUUUAGUUCUCGAGGCUUGAAAAUGGAGCCUCGAUGUUCGAAAAGAAAUAUUCAUUUAAGUUUGCUUGGUUUGUCUCUAAGGCGUUCACAUAAAAUGCCAAGGGAAUCGAGCGUCUCACAUCAUAUUGGGUUAUUAGCCAAUUAUAGCUUCCAGAGAGACUACAUUUAUAAUUAUAGCAAUUAUUUAUUAACUAGAAAGAAAACUCAGAUUCUCAUUGUUGGCACGCAUCCAGAAUAGAGAAUCCCGAAUAGGGGAUCCCGAAUAGAGAAUGCUUGUCAAUGAUGAGAAGCUGAGUUUUUCUUUCUAACCGAGGCAAUUAUCAAAAUUUUAAAAAUUAUUCCUAUAGAAGCUAUAGUAUAUUGCUCUAUAAUAUGUGACAUGUUCGCUUCCCUUGGCAUUUUAUGUAACGUUUUGCAAUUUCCCUUUCAAUCCGUGUACAUGAGAUAUUACAGCGCUUAACACUCUCCCUACUGCUGCUUGCUUUUGAAUCAAAGCUUUCCCGCUGAUCUUCUUUGUUCCGUUGCUUCUUAGUCCCAAAGUGUACUUCGACGAUAACUCCCGUCAUGCAAUGAAAGGCUUGCUUCGACGAUAAAUUCCUCAUGCAAUGUUUACAAAUGCAUCGCCUCGAUUAGAUUUUCACUGCAUUCUUUGCAUGAGAAAAGCCCUUGGAGAACGUUGACAUGCUUGCAUGUUUCGUACUCUUUCCUGCUUUCGAUCUGAAAAUAUUUAAGUACUUAAAACCAAAGUUAAAUAAACUAAAUACAAAAUAAUAAGAAACAAAAUAUAAAAUAUGCUGAUCUUUAGUGUUGGCGUAUGCUGAUUUUAAAAUAAUCACAUUUUCCUUUUUAUUAAGUUUUUUAUUAAGUUUUUUAUUAUUAUUAAUGUAAAUAUACAUCUUUAGUUAAAAUUAUAUAUGAAAUCUGUUAAAUGUUUAAUGUUUAAGUAUUUAAAUUGUGUUAUUAGAUCGAGAAAACGGAAAGAAGAAUACGAAACAUGUAUGUUUACGUCGUCGUUCAAAUCCUUGAGACGUCUGCCAUGCAACAUUUUCAAAAAUCCAGUUUGUUGUAAACAUUACAUGACGGGAUUCAUUGUCGAAGCAAGCCUUGGGUUUUUAUAUCCCGCAGACUGUGAAGGGAAAGGCAAGUCGGCCAACUUUUCCAAUAAUUCUACUGCAUUGUUUGCCCAAGAAGAGUGCUUCGUCCGUUCACGGAGAUGCAACCCCCGUAUUUUAUAUGUUAUCAUAAUAAUCUUCAAUAAUCAAUCAAUAGUGUUCAAUAAUCUUAAAGAUGUUGUAAGAAACUCCAUAGGUUCGAAAACCCGUCGUUGCAUCAAUGACAAUGUACAUCAGAAAUGUGGAUUAAAGUAGACACAUCCAUACUGUCUCUUCACGUGACAUAUAUUAAAGAACCGAUAUAAUUCGUCUCAUGUUUCCCUAAGGCGGUUAAGUCGCUCAUCUUAAAAUUGAACUUUUCCCAACUUCGGUCAAAAAAGUAAUCCUAUAGUCUAAUAGCUGCAAUGCAGCUAUACACACAAAGUGACACAAUUAGAAUAGAUUUUUUUCUCACAGAGAAAGGUCCGAACGCAUAGACCGCCUGUAUUAUAUAACAACUAUCACUCUGUAGCCAAUGUGUUGGUGUCUCUUUACAAAGACAAGUAUGAAACAAUAAAAUCACAAAAAUAACAAAAACACUAAAACUUUAGCGUAUUUACACUAUGCACUUAUCUAAUAACGACGAAAUAACUUCUAUUCCGUUGUCUGUAGACAAUUUUUGUUCCAUUAAUAAUAAAAUAAGUUCGGAGCGACAAAAUUAUCGUGGAAUAAUCACAAAUUGCAACCGUUUCGAAGGAAAAGUGCAACAUUUUAGCACAUUUACACUAUCCGCUUACCCAAUAAAAAUGGAAAAACUUCUAUUCCGCUAAUUUCUGUUGCAUUAUUAAUAAAAUACGGUAAGAGCGACAAAAUUACCGCGGAAUGAUCGUAAACUGCAAUCAUUUGGAAGGAAAACACCAACACUUGCCCGUUUCCGGCGUGCUUACUGCUAUCGCUCAUUUCUUGAGAUAUAUUCAUAUUGUAUUCAAGCUUUCUCGAUAGAGCUCCUGAUGAAAUUUCUUCAAGCCAUCCGGAACGGGGGCCGGAAAAAGAAAUGUAGUAGGAUAUGCUCUUCCACUGUAUAUUUUUAUGAACUUUUCAGGGAAUUUUUAAAUUAACAAACAGGGAAAGUAGAAAAAAAAUGCAGACCAAAGAAGAUCGGAAAAGCGGCGAAACUUAAUUAAAAACUCCGUUUUCUCCAAACAAUUGCUUUUAAUGAGGCUACCAAUUCCGCCCUUUUUUUCUAAAGAAAUUGGUGAUUUUUUUGGAAAGAAAUGGAGGGAAACAAACUGAUGCGUAAAAUAGUGCAAGCUCUGGCAGUGCAAUAAACUGCAGGAACAGCUUUUACGAAGAGAUGAAGGAACGCUUAAACGUAGCUAAGAGAGUAAAAAGCUUAUAUUUUACUAUCUGUCUUUGUAUGUAUCUGUAUCGAGCUAAUGAACAACGUUGAUCCAUUCUCUCUUCGCAAAGUUUUCCCGACAAUUUUGUUUGAUUGGCAGAGAGCUUGUAAAACUUUAGGCAACAGUUUACUUUCCUCCACUUUCCUCCUCCCUCAAGAAAAAUCUGCAAUUUCUUGAAAAAAAAAAGAAAAAGAAAAAUGAAAGCAAAUUUUAAUCCACGCACAAGAAAAAUGUAUUCUCGUUCUAUGUUUUAUAAAAUGUAAAGGGGCAGCUGAGUUUUUUGUUGAAACCGUUAAGAAGAAGAAAAUUUGAAAAAUAUGAUUCAACUAAACUGUUAAUAAAUAAACUUUUGCAUAAUUUCGA